AUGCAACUGAUUGGAAUAUUACGGUGGUUGGUUGAGCUUGGAAGAAUGGACGUCUGUGCUGAAGUCUCAAUGAUGUCUUUGUACAAUGCCAUGCCUCAUAUUGGACACUUUCAUGCGGUAUUACACCUUUUUGGUUAUCUUGAAACACAUCUGAGCCGCGAGAUUGUCAUGGAUUCCGCAUAUAUGGCUCUGACCGACAUACCAAAAUCUGAAUGGCAUGAAUUCUAUCCAUGGGCAAAAGAAGUAGUGCCUCCCGAUAUGCCAGAAGCCCUUGGACGAGCGGUAAAGAUUGUGAUGUUUGUUGAUGCCUCACAUGCCUCCAAUCUUGUUACACGUCAAUCCAGAACAGGUGUUCUUAUCCUCUUGAAUCAUGCACCGAUUGUUUGGUAUUCGAAGAAGCAGAAUGCUGUCGAAACAAGUUCUUUUGGAAGUGAAUUUGCUGCAUUGAAGACUGUUGUUGAAUUGGUUGAAGGUCUAGUAUACAAAUUGCAAUUGAUGGCCAUUGCCAUACUCUUGUUGAUAACAACUCUGUUGUGA